UCGUUUCGCAAAAACAGCAAUCAGGCGAACAACAAAUUGAACACUAAAAGAGAAGAAUAUUGAUCAAUUGCUGCUGUUACAAUGUUGAGAAGUCCACGAGUAGAUCAGGAAAAUCUUCCAAUUGGGGUGGCAGCUCUGAUCACUCCUUCCAGACACCCACUGAAGAGUGUUGUGGACAGUCGUGUAAACAAUGGCACACUUAAUCGAAUACAACAUUCAGACAUUUCAACAAAGAUAUUGUUUAAACGUAAACAAAAAUCAAAGAGGCUUAGUGCCCCGUUACAAAACUUACGGCAGCUGGUGCCCACCCUAGUCAAGACACUGACUCCAUCUCCAAUACAAGAGGAAUGUCUUAAUAAUGACAAGGAAACUAUUCAGGAUUUUCCUUCUUCCAAAGACAAAGAUGCAUCUGAAGAACACUUUAUGAGGAAAGUUGUUGGGAGAAAUGUGAAUGAAGUGGAACAGAAUGAAUCAAAGUUGAGGCAAGCAGAAUCUGUAGCCAGUAAAAUGGAAAGUAAUGAGUCGAUAAUUCUGCAGAUGAAUAAAGAAAGAUUACGACUUGAGAGGCAGUUAUCUCUUCUGAUGAAGGAGCAUGUAAUAACUAAAAAACUACAGCAUGGUGCUUCUACCACAACUACAACUUCAAAUGCUGGUGCACUUGAAAGGGAGUUAGCUUUGAAAACAAAAGAACAUCUUGAGCUGCAAGGGCAGCAUGAUCAGUUACAAGAGAUACUUUUAGAACUUCCAGUUCUGAAGAAGGACUUACAGAAAAGCAGGCAGGAGACAAAGGGAUUGAGUGAAGUUCUGUUCUCAAGCCGCAAGGAAACUGCCCAGCUGAAAGAUCUUGUGGCUAAACUGAACAAACAAAUAAAAAGCAAAGAAACUCUUAGUGAGAAUUAUAAAGAACUUAAAGGGACUUUAGAGAAUAUAACACAAGAAAGAGAUCAAAAUAUUUCUGGAGUAGAAAGACUAAGUAAGCUGCUGGAACAGAAGGACAGUGAACUUCAAAGAAACAGAAGUCACUGCACUACAUUAAAAGGCCUAGUGGAUAGACUUGAGAAUGCUUCUUCAGAAGCUGAGAGAUAUGUUGCCUCGAGUAAGGAGAAUGAAACAAUUCUUCAAUAUCAGAUAGAUGAACUAAGUUUGUCAUUAGAGACAAACUCACAGCUUCUAGAAGAGAGCAGAAGGCAUUGCAUGAACAGAGAUGAAGAACUUAGACAUUCAAGAGAAAGAGAAAAGGUGAUGAAAGAGCAAUGUGACAGACUAGUUGGACAAAGUGACUGUUUGACAGCAGAGCUUGACAUUCAUAAAAUGGAAAUCUCAAGGCAAGAAGAUGUUAUUAACCAACAAGAGACGGAAUUAAAUGCUUUAAAAGUGAAGCUUGCAACAUCCCUGGAACAACUAGAGUACGUACAGUCUCAACAACAGGAAAUGAAUGAAUUCACUGAAGAAGAACGAAGAACCCUGGAGGUUACAGUGUGCGAAAUGGAAAGCCAGUUAAAACUGAAUAAACUUGAGAAGACUGAAUUAGACGCAUCUUUGAGGAACAAGUCUGAGAAAUACGAAGAACUUGUUGAAGAAGUAAAACACUCAAGAGACCUUUUGCAAGAUAAACAGGAGGAACUGGACGCUACUCAAUCCCAGGCUCACUGGAUUGUCUUACAGCAGGAGGCAAUUAUCGCGGACACCGCAAAAGAACUGACGGAGAUCUCGGAUCUAGUCAACGACUUGCUUUGGAGAUUUAACAAAGAGUCCUCUCUUGCAGAGGUUGACUGUGAAGAGAAAGCGAUGCCAGAUGCUUUAAUCAUAAAAAGUCCCGUGAGUGACGUUAACAUCAAGUACUAUGAGCCUCCUAAGUCUCUUGUACAAAGUGUUUUGGAGGCAAGAGCGAUGAGAGUCGACGAGUUACGGCCACAUGAGGCACGUUGUAACAAAUUAAGCCCCAUUCCUGAAACAAGCGAAGAAGAUCAUGAAUGUUCUCAAAGUUCUGAAGAUGAAGAAAAACUGCCUUCAUUAACCGAACAGGCACUGGAACUUAAACAAACCAUGAGACAGCUGGCAGAGAUUUUUGGAGACCAGACUGCCUCGGUCCAGACACAGAACACAGUCAAGAGACUGGAAAAAGAGAGGGUUUCAAUGGAAGAACAACACAAGUCCUCUCUUCAAAAUCUCAUGUCACAACUGGAAGACUCAAAAAUACGAGAAAGCAGUCUACGCCGAGAAAUCUCUCGAAAGAACCAGCAAAUAUCAACACUACAACAGCAGCUGGAGGAAAGCAACAACAACCUACAACAUUCCUUUACAAAACUGGAUUCCCUUAGUGAGCAGUGUGAAAAGACGAUUGACCAACAGACUAGAAUAGCGGAGCUCACAGCAGACGUUCAGCGCUUUUCAGACCAAGUUAAAACGCUAGAAAGAGAGAAAGAAAGCUUGUCGCAGCAAUUGAAAGAAAGUCUUUCAACACUAGACCAACUGUCUGAAGCCCAACCGGGUGUCGACAAAACACAAGAUGUUCUUGGGACACUGCUGGCUGAGAAAUUCAAAUUAGAGAACAAGGUGCAAAAGCUGAAAGAAAAGUCAGUGACAUACCGAAUGGAGACUCAGGACUAUUUGUCAGAAUACAAAUGCAGAACAGAUUCCAAGAUUCGAGUCCUUGAAGGCAACAUUCAGAAGGCAGAGACGGAGAUAUUUCGUCUGGAUGGCUUGGUGGAAAAGAUUAGGCUCGUAUUGCACCAGUAUCACGAGGUAACAAGAAGCUGUCCAGAUUUGAAUAAGUUACUUUCGUUUCUAGACGGCGAGGAUAUACAAUAAACCGCUGCCACCUUGUAACCGCCUUAUACAUUAGCUACGAAUAACCAUAUGCAUCCGGGAUACUGUUAAAAUUUUCAGUCAGUUUUACAUUUAGUACACAUUCUUCUUAGUAUUUGUUUGACAUUUUUAAUGUAUAUCGAUAGUUGUUACCAGUUUGGCCUGGUCUAGACGUUCAGUCUCUCUCGGCGUUUUUUCGCCCAGCUCCCUACUGACAGAACACCUGGAACAGACUUCCACUAGUUACCAUACGUCAUCCACGCAGUACACUGUGCUUUGUAGUGUAUUAGCUUUAUUUUAAUCGUGUAGAAGGGCUUUCUCUGCGAGCUAUUAUCAUAUGAUUAAAGCAAGCCCUCAUGUA